CCGCAGCAUCAGAAAGGCAACGGGGUCAAACUUUGCAGGAACUCGCUCGCAGCCCCUCGCUGCCCCCGGGCGUGCCCGGUCGCUGCCGCCGGCUGCCCGGGCAGGGAGCGCCGCAUGCCCGUGGCUCCCGCGGUCCCGGCGGCACCGGCUGCGGGUCCGGGCCCCCCCGCGCCCCCCGCCGCCCUGUCCUCCCUCCUUCGCCCAGUCCCAUCCCUCCCCCUGUAUUUCGCUUUUAAACUGCAGCUGUUGAAGCUGAACCUCCUUUGCAAAAAAACAGCAUUUCCUCCCACAUAUCCGUGAAUUGUGGGUAAUGUAGUUUUUUUUUUUUUAUUUUAGAAACGCCUUCCCCCCCCCUUUAUUAUUAUUAUUAUUAUCUUUUAAUUUCACUGCUAUGUACUUUUUCUUGGAUUUUCAGAUUAAGAUUUUCCUCUCCCGGCUGGAGCCUGCUGCUGGGUCGAUUUGGUGCCAACCAAAGGGCACCAGAGGGGAUGGUCUCCUUAUUUGCAGAACCUGUAGCCCUAGGCUGGAUGGGCUGUAAUUCCAGCAAGGAAUAAUGUAAAGCUCUCCAUAGCAGCAGUGGGACUCGGGAGCAGCUGUGAGAAGCGUCUAAGGCAGCAGUGGCCUGUGGGAAAGUUGUAAACUUCUAUUACAGACAGUUUUAGGGGUAAUGUUGCCAGCUGGUCCUGCUGGCCAUCAGAAUCUGAGCACCAGGGGAGGUGAAUUUUUUGGCUUUUCAGCUGAUGGACAUCAGGCAUUGGGUGAGUGUGUCCUCUGUCACUUAUUUCUAAAUAGGAAACCUGGGGAAAUGAGAGGUGAAAAUCUCUUUGCCGGUGCUGCUUGUGGUGUGGCACAGCAGUGCAGAGCUGCUGUAAAUGUCUUUUAGUCCUUCCUACCCUGCACUCUCAGCAGGCUGGAUUAGCCCUUGGCAGGUAGGAGAGACCUGGGCUACCAGGUUAUCCUAGCAAGCAAAUGCCAGAGGAUGAGGAGAGGCAGAUUUGCUCCUUUCCACCCACAGCAAGUGGAAAAAACACAGCUUAUUGUGAUGUUUUUCCUCCUCACGUGUUUCUCGAAGCAUUGAGAAGUAUUUAUUUUGAACUUCCCAGUUGCUGUGAAAGGCACAAUUUAGUCACUAAUCCUGUGACAGAGAGAAACACUAAGAACCUGCUCAAGUUACAAGCCACUUACUAUCAUGUAGUACCAGGAAGAAUGAAAUUAGCAUCUUCCGAAUGAAAUAUCCAGCAGCCUCCAGAAGGUGCUGAAAUCCUUUGACAUUUCCAAGACUCUUUCACACUUUUCAAACAAGCUUGUCACAGUUUCCCAGAGCAUCCUGAGUCUGGUGAAACUGCAUAUUCUGCGACUCUAGUUCCACUGAAGCUUCAGCCAGGUCUUACUUCAACUUGGCUGUCUCUGGUCAACUAGGAAAUUACAUUAUCUCACUCUAAUUGAAUCAGCUCUUCAGCUGGAGUUUUUGUUGGGUUUCGGUCGUGCCUGUCUCCAUCACACCGAUGUGAGUGAUUGAGGCAUCAGCACAUCCUACCCAGCUUUUUUUUUUGUCCCUGGAAGGAUCCCGUGCAGGGUUUGCUGGAUGCACUUUGGUUGCAAGUGCUGCUGCUUUGGCCAGAGGUUGGGACGCACCGACGCUGCCAGUGAAGGGCAGAGAGAGGGGAUGGGGCUGGCACUGCUGUCCCACCCACAUUCCAGCAGGGUUUGCCCGGCCGUGCUGGCCCCUGGAAUUGCGGAAUUGUGCAGGGAAUUGUGGCCGGCAGCCCCGCAGGCAGGGUGGGCAGGGCAGCGGGGCUGAGCACAGCCGGGCUGCGCAGAGGGACACACGGAGCAUGCCGGAUCUGUCUGUCUGUCUGUCUGGGCGUUCUCCCAGGUGCUGGAUGACCCCAGUGGAUCAUGUGUCAGGACUGGAAUAGCCCCGCGGAGCAGGGAGCCUGUCUGCAGGGAUAUUUAUAAACCCCGGGUUAGUUUUAUGGGACGGGGCUUGUCAUGGCCUCAGUGGGAUCAGGGAUUUUUCCCUUCCCAGCUCAGUUUCCCCAGCUGGGACUGUCAGUGACAGCCCACCCUGCUGCAGGAGAGACCAGACAGUUUUCCUUUCCCACUCCACCACUGACAGGGCUUUUGCUGGCACUGCAUCCAUCCCACACUGCCCUUCCUCCUCCAGCCCCUUCCUGCUCAGGACUGGGACUGGAGUGCAAGGCUGGAGUCUCAUGGGGAGGCUGGGGCACAGAAAUUCCCUCCUAUCAGUGUCAGCAGAAGGACAGGCAUGAGAUUAAAUGCACUCCCAGGGCUUUCAAGGUAUUUUUUAACCCCUGACAGCUCCUGUGGAACGUGUUCAGUUAUAGCUGAGCAUCCCCAGCACAGACUGGGUGGGGAUCUCCCUGUUUCUGCAAGGUCCUGGCCAGCAAUGCCUUUAUCCCUCUGAUGUUUGCAGAGUUCCACAGAGCAGCAGCCUUGCACAGAGUGGGAAAAUCCAGGAGGCACUGGGAGGUGAUGGCUACAGCCAAGUGGAAGCAGGGCUGAUGGUUCUCUGCCUGGCCCAUGUCAGGUCCAGGUCCUUCCUGUGCUGGGGACCCUGGAGGUGGAUGCAGUGCUCCAGGAGGAAAAUAUGAACAAAGCCCAGGACCUCAGACACUUGCUUGUCCAAGCACUGCUGCCACCUGGAUGGUCUGUCAGUGAGAUGGGCACAGCCUGGAUGCACAGUUCACUGAGGGAAUUUUGAGAGCUAUGUAGAACAGUGCAAAGAAAAGGGGAUUUCCAGCCUAUUUCCAUAGGAAUAAUCCUGUUGCAGGAGCCUGGGGAUGCUGUGGAGAGCCCAUUGUGCAGGGGAGGUGCUGGCAGUGCAGGUGACCUGGCUGGGGGGGUGCUGCAGCUGGGCUGUCACCCUGCAGGCAGGAGGAAUGACAUGGGUGGUGUGUCCCAGAGGUGCUGGAGGCUCAGACCCACACAGCUGCUGUUCCAGGAUGAUCCUUCAGCCCAAUGAGCUGGAGCUGCAGGGAUGCUCCCAGGGCCAUGGAUGUCGCAGGGGGUCGGCAGGGAGGUGGGAGGUGACAGCGAUGGAGCACAGCGUGUGUGGCAGGAGGGACAGCAAGUGUUCCCUGUCCUCCUUGGGACCUGGCAGAGCCUCCCUCCCCUCCGUGCUGCCGGGGCCGGUGGCUGUGCCGCGGUCGGGGGACACGGGCAGCGGCUGUCACCUGCUGUCAGCUCGGGCUGUGCCGCGCUGGGGACACGGCGGGGACACGUGCGCUAUCGAGGCCACGCAGCGCCGGGGCAGGAGGAUGGGAAUUCAAGGAGGAUGGGAAUUCAAGGAGGAUGGGAGUUCAAGGAGGAUGGGAAUUCAUCAGCGGCUCCUGCCCGGGUGAUCAGGAGGCAGGUGAUGCUUCUCCGGGGUUGCGUUAAAGAGAGACUGCAAUGCCAGCAUCCCAGCCACGGUCCAGGGCCAGAGACAGGAACAAUGUCCUCAACAGGGCUGAGUUCCUCUCCCUGAACCAGCCCUUGAAGGGGAACCAGGAGGGCAGGAGCUCCAGCAGGAAGCAGAGCGGCCAGGCCGGGGCAGCCGGUGCCCAGAGCAGCGGCCCCAAGGAGCGGCGGCAGUCGCAGCAGCUGCCCGAGGAGGAUUGCAUGCAGCUCAACCCCUCCUUCAAGGGAAUCGCCUUCAACUCGCUGCUGGCCAUCGAUAUCUGCAUGUCCAAGAGGCUGGGAGUGUGUGCCAACAGAGCCUCCUCCUGGGGAGGCGCCCGCUCCAUGAUCAACCUCCUGGGGAUAACGGGGCACGGCAUCCCCUGGAUUGCGGGGACGCUCAUCUGCCUGGUGAAGAGCAGCACGCUGGCAGGCCAGGAGGUCCUCAUGAACCUGCUGCUGGCCCUGCUCCUGGACAUCAUGAUUGUGGCAGGUCUGCAGAAGCUGGCCAAGCGCAAGGGCCCCUACGACAUCAACCCUGGCCUGUUGGACUACCUGACCAUGGACACCUACGCCUUUCCCGCCGGGCACGCCAGCAGGGUGGCCAUGCUCUCCAAGUUCUUCCUCAACCACCUGGUGCUGGCCAUCCCUCUGCGCAUCCUGCUGGUGCUCUGGGCCCUCUGCGUGGGCCUCUCGCGCGUCAUGAUCGGGCGGCACCACAUCACCGAUGUCCUCUCGGGCUUUGUGUUCGGCUACCUGCAGUUCAGGCUGGUGGAGUUGAUAUGGAUGUCUUCCAACACGUGUCAGAUGUUGAUAUCCAUCUGGUGAACGUGGAGGACUUGGAAGCUAGAAGAUACUUUGAGAGUCUCCCCUCCCUCCCAGUAUUUUCUACGUGUUGUUUGUUGGAAGCAGUUGUAACUUCCAUGAGUAGUGGUGUUUUUUAAUGUCGCUUCCCCACCUUUAAAAAAAAAAGUUUCUUGUAAUGGAUUGGGUUUUAGAAAUCAAGGGCCAUACCUGUGUUUUGGCCAUAUUCUCAAGCUGUGUUUGGACAGCAGCCUAAUUAAGCUUUACAGGUGAGAGAAAUGAGCUCCAUGUCUGCCUUCUUCAGGUGGUUCACAUUGGCACUUUGAUAUGUCCUCAGGAUGGGCAGUGCCUGAGAGCUUCCUGAGAACACAUUUGUGAACUUUUUCGAGGAUAAAUUAUUUCGGCCACAGUGCUUUUUUUCUUUUUGUAAGCCCAGCAGUUGUGUCUUGUACAGAGUCAGGACACUGCUGGUGCUUUACAGAUAAUAAAUAAUCAUAAAAAUC